GUUCAGUUAACCGAAGCUGAAACCACAGCCAUACCUUUGGAAGACACUUACACUCGUCAAUGAUGCCCGUCCAACAUCAAGGAUACUAUCCAAAACCAUGUUCCAUCGCGCCCUAGAUCAUCUCGCGUGAUCGAGUCCAGUUCUGACGACAAGAAGCUUCAAUUUAUGGCCACAAUUGGCAACCAUGUAUAAAUAAGAGCAUGUACAGUCUUCGGAAACCAAGAGUUGCAUCCAGGCCAGCAACUUGAUGAUCCGAGACUCUGAGCAACAGGCAGAUAUGGCCCCUCCUAAACGCACUCGCGGGCUCCUUGCCUGCUUCAACGGCCGCCUCAUCUAUGCUUGUGGCAUGAUUGCCUUAUCGCAGCUCAACUUCGGCAUGGACCAGUCUGCCUUCAGCAACACUCAAGCAAUGCCUUUCUUCAAGAGACAGUUCGGAACCUUCGAUGAAGCCACUGGUACAUACGUUCUCGAGACGGUCUUCCUAUCCCUCUUGAACAGUAUCCAAUUUAUUGGCUUUGUGUUUGGUCUCGUUCUUGGUAACCUCUUCAGCCGUCGCUUUGGCCGCCGUCUGGCAAUGUUUCUCAUGUGUUUCUGGGCUUUGAUAUCCGGAGUCAUCUUGAUUACGUCGAAGACCCCAACUCAAGCAAUCACUGGUCGUACUAUUACAUACGUCUACAUCGGAAUGGAGCUCGCCUUAGUUCCUGUUUUACAGUCAGAGCUUGUUCCUGCAGAGGCUCGCGGCUUUGUCGUUGGUACUUAUCAGUCUGGUCUUUUGUUUGGUAGCCUUAUCAUGUCUAUUAUCUGCCGAGGUACCAGCGACAUCAAGGGGCAUGCUUCCUGGAGGAUCCCCUAUGGCCUUUUCUUCGUGAUUCCUUCUAUCCUCGCAGUAGCUGUGUGGUGGAUCCCUGAGUCUCCCCGUUGGCUAUUGACCCGAGAUCGCCAGGAGGACGCUCUCAAGUCCCUCCGACUACUUCGACAAGGGGCAUACACCGACGACGAGAUCGAGCACGAAUUUCGAGAGAUGCAGAAUGCCCUCAACAACACUGUUAAAAAGGGCAGUUUUAUGGACAUGUGGCGAGGGACGAAUCUCAAACGAACUUUAAUCACAAUCGGCGUCAACAUCUUUCUUCAACUUACGGGUCAGAACUUUGCUUCCAAAUAUGGCACAAUUUUUAUCCAGAGUCUGAAUUCGGUUAACCCUUUUGUUAUGUCGUGCAUCAACUCUGCGCUUAACAUUGUUGCCGUCUUCUUGACACAGUUCUUGUCUGAUAAGACAGGACGAGUUCCCUUGAUGAUAGCCGGAGCAGUCCUUCAGACAGCCAGUCUUAUGACCAUGGGUGGGCUCGGAACUGUCAAGAACCCCUCGCAGAGCAUUCGGUCUGCCAUCGUUGCGACCGUCACCCUCUUCGGCAUCGGGUUUUCCCUAGGAUGGGCACCUCUCUCACACGUUGUAGCCGCAGAGAUCCCUACGACCGGUCUACGCGAUCUCACAUAUGCUGUGGGUGCCGUCUUCAACAUUGUCAUUCAAUGGGCUGUUGCUUUCAGUAUUCCCUACCUCAUUGACCAAUCACAUGCUGGCCUUGGGUCUAAAGUCGGCUUCAUAUUCGGAGUGACUUCGUUCCUGGCGACAUUAUUCUCGUGGUUCUGCAUCCCUGAGUGUGGAGGUAAGACAUUGGAAGAAAUCGAUGAGCUGUUCGCUCAAGGAGUUCCUAUUCGCAAGUUCCGCACAAUCAAAGUUUCGUUGGAUGCAGAAGCUUCGGAUGGUGGUGAUGAUCUCACGAAACCUGGCAAGGGCAAUGUGUCACAGACAACACAUACUCUUUAGGCGUUGACGAAGGCUAGAUAAAGUCACAGAUAUUCUUAACAACGGGCACAGUCAGGGGUAUGGCUGGUGGAUGCAUCGAGAGCAAGUUUCUACGAGAGCCAAAUUAACAAGUCAACUCAAAUCAAUAAUGUUAAUUUUCUUGA